AUGUCCGGAUCUAUUACUGCUCCCGCCAUCAUCGUUGUAGGUGCCAGUGGGAAUCUUGGGCCUUUCAUGGUUCAAGCAUUAUUGGAACAAAAGGCCAGAUUUUCACGCAUAGCCAUUCUUUCCGCGCCAGAAAAGAAGGACAAGUUUGAUACCGCUGCCAAAGAUGGGAUCGAUAUCAUCCUGGGAAGCUACAAAGAUGCAAAGUCUUACGAAGAAUUUGAUGUCGCGAUAUCCCUUGCUGGGAAUUCGAUUAUGGCUGACCAGCCGCAAAUGAUUGAUGCCGCUAUUCGAGCGGGUGUCACUCAUUUCUACCCAUCCGAAUUUGGAGUUGAUAUUAUGCAGCCCGCUUUUCUUCAAGAGCGCUAUUUCCGAGACAAACAUCUGACUCGUGAGCAUUUGAGAAAACGCGCAGGUGAGGUCUCUGGAUUUAUCUUCACCGAGAUGAUCAUCGGAGCUUUUUUGGAGACGUUCAUAUUGUCAGAUGUCUUUGGACUGGACAGGCCUGGUCGAAAACUCACAUACUAUGGAAACCUUGACGAUGUCAAGUCUUUUUCCUCCAUGGCAGAUACCGCGAAGUAUACCGUUGAUUCUAUCUUUCUGCCUUUUGAAUCUGGAACAACAGAGCGAACGAUAAAAGUCCCAAAUGGAAACUAUACGAUUCGCGAAAUUGUCGAAGUUCUAAAUGAUAUUGAUGGUACUCAAUACGAGACGCGCGUUUUUCCUGUAAGUGAUGCGAGGAAAGAGCAAGAAUUAGCUCGUCUUGCCAAGUCCAAUGACCUUGAACUGGCAUUUUCCUUAAAGGCACUGUUUUCAAGUCCCUAUGCUGUUGUCCCCAAACCAUGGCAGAACGACAUGUUCCCAUUCAAGCCAAAAGGUUUGGUUGAAAUGAUCCAAGAUUGUAUUUAA